CAACAUACAUCAGUAAGUAAAAAGUUAAGAAGAGCCGAAUGUGAUGGAAUCGUCGGGCACUGAAAGUGAAAAUCUGGCACCUACAGAAUUUUUAUGUACUUCGUCAAUAGAAAGUUCCACUGGAUUGACUGUAGCAGUAGAACGCUGUCCUUUAUGUGAUGGUACUAGAAGAAAAUAUUAUUGUCAAUCAUGUGUGAAGCAAGGACUCUUUAUUCACUCAAAAGCCACUGUGUGUCAGAGAUACACUGAAUUACUAUAUAAACUUGAUUUUACAAAGAUAGAGAGAGAUAAAACUCUUGAAAAAUGUCAGAAGAAGGUAGAACCUAUUCUUCAAACAGAUAUAAGGCUUCAAGAAAUAAAUGAAUGUCAUAGAAAGAUAGACUUGCUAAAAAUAGCUUUACAAACUGCCAAAGAAAAGAUUGUCAAAGAUAGACAGCAGUUAGAAAACAUGAGAAGAAUCAAUGCAAAUAAAAGUGUCAAAUCAAAAACUCAUAAAGAAAAGAAAGUUCUUAUUCAGAAAUUUAUUAAACAAAAAUAUCAGGAUAUUAGUGAUAAGAAUGAGAAUAUUAAGUUCCAAGUAGAUACAUUGGCAGACAUUAGACUGUUUCAUAUAGCUGUUUUACAGAAAUAUAUUUUUUCUGUUGAAGAAGUUACACUACCAAGUGCUUUGGAAGCCAAUAUGGCUGUUAGUACAGUGAGUGCUAUUAGAGAUGCAAGUCAUAUGACAUACAUUAGUGGGAAAUGGGCAUAUACUAAUAGUCUGGAAGAUGGCAACUACCGUAUAAUUGUACCAACCUUACCCAGUAGUGGAGAUUAUUCACCUUAUAAUUUAUGGGUUGCAACCAGCAGAGAAAAUGGUGGAAAUCCAGACAACAGUUUACAGAAUCCAGGUCAUACUAUAAGUGGAGGUUUAUCAUUAACUAGCCAACUCCUAACUGUAUUAUCUUACAUUCUUGAUGUGAAUUUACCAUGGAAACAAAAUUACAGUGUGUUUUGUAGUGGUGAAAUGACAGAAAAACAUUUUAAGAAUGAUGUGGCCAGAUUAAACCAGAAUAUUUUAUACCUAUGUUUUUCACAAGGUGUUCAGGAAUAUCAUCAGUUAGAUACCAAGAAUACCUUACAAAAUAUACUCUACUUAUUGCAGUGUCCUACCUUUGGCAGAAGUAUACCAGUAUUAAUAAAUGAAGAACUCUUACAUUCUUUUGAGGAGGUAACUGUUACCGAGGAAUGCAAAUCUUUAGCGAACCAUGAAAAUGAUCAGGAUGGAGAAUGGGAACAGGUGAACGAAGAUCUAGCAGAUAUGGAAAUACCUUCACGUGCAUUUUAUAGUAUGACAUCAGAUGUUCCCUCAAUGAUGUACACAGGAAGACAAUCAGAAUCCGCCAUUGGCAUUGUUUCUUCUGCGGCGGCUUCUGUUUUCUCUAUAUUUAAGUCCAAUAAGAGAUAAUAUUUGUUUUAACAAGUCAAGUCUUUCAUGAUACAAUGGAAAAUGCAUGCAUCUCUCCUUUAGGGAAUCACAAAAGCAAGACUACAGUAUGUUGUUUCUGGUGACGUUGGUGUCAACAAUGUAUCAGUUUGUGAUUAGGUCAGAAUAAAGGGAACCACUAGCGGUAGCUAUAUAGGUCAAUGCUAUUUGGUAUGCAGUUGUGCUAGCAGUAUGAGCAUUUAUACAAUUCACCUUAUCGCUAUUUAGUCCAUUCCAGGAAAAACAGUCAACUAUACAACUAUCUGUUUCGGUCACCGGCAGAAAAAUGGAGGUCAUCAGUAGUGAGCUGAGGGAGAAAAAACUUUAGAAAGUGAUCAUUAAGAAACUUUGAUAAAGUAUGAUUCACUUUUUUCGAAAUUAAAAUUGAAGUAAAAAAAUAUUUUGUUUGAAGUAUAUACGGUAGUUUAAACAGGUCUCAUUAAAAAGUAUCAUGCAUUGUGAAUUGUUUAAACAGAGUCCCAGAUAACUUCAACUGGACAAAAAAGUGUAAUUUUAGAACUUAUCCGCAAUGGAAUAAAUAGCGAUUAGGUGUAUUCAUUUCCAUGGAGACUCUUGAGCCACCUCAGUCUGAUUUAUUAUUUGCUGUCAUGGUCUUGACUUUAAAACUUCUGCUUAAUCAAUAUGUAUUAGUUUGAUAUGGUCCGUUUAAAGAGAACCACAAGUGGCAGGUCAAUAAUAUACAAUAUGCAGGUGUAUUAGCAUUUCCAUGCAGAUUAUUUGUCCCAAUUCCUUAGUCGUGGUCAAUUGACUUUGAACAUUUUGCAUAGUUUACAUGUAAAAGUUUGUGAUUAGAUCAGUUUACAUUGUAAAUCUUCUUUUCCAUGGAGAUCAUUUUGCCCCACCUCUGAUCAAGGUUCAUUGACUGGUUAAGGUAAGCUUUUUUAAAAGGAACCUCUUAUGAUAAGUCAAUGGCAUUUGGUAUGCUAUUUUAUUAGCAUUGUUAUUUUCAUUUUCAUGGAGAUUAUUUGGUAUCUUAAGUCAUGGUUAGAUGUCUUUGAAAUUUUAAUGUUUAGAAUAGUUGCUUAGGGGGAGGGUGGGGUCUAACUAAAAGGUCAAGUGAAAAAUAGACCUAACACUUCUACUCAACAUAUAGACCAUGUUCACAUUAAUAUGAAGUUUAGUGUAGGUGCUUAGCUUUAAGGCAAUGUGGCAUGGACUGUGAAAAUUUUUUUAAUUGUUGGUACCAAUUUGUGUUUGUUUAUACAAAAGUUGCAUGUUCAUGGAUUUGUAAAACAUGGAUUUCUGGUGCCUUUUUUAGUAUCACAACUAAGAGAUAUGAAGAAUGUUGAAUGAAUAAUUUGUGUA